AUGUUAAGGGUAGCGAAAGCAUUGAUUAUCAUUGGUUGCUUCUGUAUCCAAACUUACGCAGAUGAAACAACAACCAACAGUAUAUCUAUCAAUACCGAGGACAAGCAAACCGCAAAUGUUCGGCCAAUUAAUUACAAUAUAAUACUGACGCCUUACUUUACUGACAGAAACUCUGAAAAAUAUUUAACGUUUGAAAGUGUUGUGGAAAUAGAGUUACAAGUUGAAAGAUCUGUUAACAACAUUACAUUGCUGUCUAACAAGUUGUUAUUCGGUCGUGAAAACUGUUCGUUACAAACAUCAGAUGGAGUUGAUAUCCAGGAUUUUUCAGUGGAUUUUGAACCAAAUGAGAAUCUCGUAUCCUUUACAAAGUCUUACGACCAAUUUCCACAAGAAAAACUCUUGUUAAAAAUAAAUUAUACUGGUACUAUUUCCAAGGAAGAAAAAGCUGGAAUCUUCAUUGAUUUCUAUAUAAACGAGAAAAAAGAAAAUGUGUCCUUCAUUAUAGCAAUAUUACGGUCUAAAUACACAUCUUCAGUUCUUCCUUGUUUUCUGGAAUCUGACCACAAGGCCACCUUUGAUGUUACAAUAAAUGACGAUAAAAAUUACGUAGCACUUUCAAGCAUGUCAAUAAAAAAUGUGUCUUAUGAGGGUUCAACAGCAACAUCGGUAUUCAAAAAGACUCCACCGAUGGAUAUUAACCAAUUAGGCUUGUGUGUUUUGGAUUUUAAAAACAUUAGCAAUGAUGCUGAAAACAUAACGGUAUGGACUACUCAAGAAUUGCUUCGAAAGAAAUUAGAUUUUGCCAACACUUCAACGCAGUAUUGGUUAACAAAUCAUUCUAUGACCGUUUGUGCUGACGUUAAACCGAAAGAUUGGAUAAUUGUUAAUAAACAAUAUACAGGUUUUUACAUAGUUAAUUACGAUAAAACUAAUUGGGAACUUAUCAUUGACUACCUCAUGUCACCUGACUAUAAAAAGAUUCAUCUAUUCAAUCGCUAUCAAUUGCUGAACGAUGCCUUUUUACUAGCGCAUGAAGACAAGUUAGACUUGACGAUUCUUCUGAGGUUACACAGCUACUUGAAAAAUGAAACAAACUGUCUGGCAUGGUAUCCAGGCUUUUUGGUUCUAGAUUGGCUUGGUAUUCAGCUAGUUUAUACAGAAAGCUACCCGAAAUUUCAGGAAUAUGCAUUAAAAAUUAUGCAGAAGUUAAUCGAUACCAUUGGGUUUAGGGAAAAUGAGCAAGAUGAUGAUUUCACAAAAACAUGCAGAGCAAGACUUUUUUCCGUGGCCUGUAAAAUGGGCCACCAAUUAUGUCACAAAAUAGCACUAGAAAAAUUCGAAGCAUGGCUGCGUGAUCCAAUCAACAACCUGAUUGCCUCCAAUCUAGAAGACGCUGUACUAUGCUAUGGUCUGCAUAAUUAUGAAAACCUAGAUGAAUUGUUUACGUCUUUGGAUAACAAAUCCCGUUCUUAUGAUCCAAAUACCGUAGAAAGCCUAAACAACGUUGCGGGUUGUUCUGGAAACGAAACGUUUUUGAGAAAACGUUUAAAUAAGUUUAAAAACGAUUCAAUUCUUGAUACUUUUACUUUGCUAUCUAUGAUGCUGGAUCACAACGCAAUAAAAUUGGAUACGACUCUUGAUUUAGUCACUGACGACUUAUACAAAAUCAUACGUUGGAAGAGAAAUAAUAUUAUGCCACUACUUUUUGAAAAUGCUGCCGGGAAAGUGACAUCACAGUCUCAACGAGCCAAAAUCUCAAGACCAAUAUACAGAAGGGCUUACAAAAAUGCCGUCAAUAGAGGCUUAGACAAGUCCAACAAGAGAAUUGAAUGGCUAAAAAGAAAUGAACAAUCAGUAGUCAAUUUUAUAACUGAGUUACCACAGCAGCAACCUCUGCAUGAUUCGAACGAGAAGACUAUAAAGUUCAAUCAAUGA